AUGGAUUUCUUCGAGCAGAGUUUUUCACUAGAGAAUCGCGGGGGAUCUUCCACGGCUCAUCCCAGUCCGCAUCAUGUCUCCAUAGGCAAACAGAUUGUACAAGGUUAUAGAGAACUGUUUACACACUUUAUAUCAAUUCCAUUAGCCAUAUACCCUGAGCUGCAAGAGAAGGUUAAGACUUUUCGGAAUUCUAUAUUGGGUGACAAUAAAGAUAAGAAGCCUCUGAAGUUUCAGAGCACUUUGGAUGAAAUGGGAAUCGAAAACAGGAUGUUUAUUUCUCCAAGUAGUUUACACUUAACUGUGGUUAUGUUAAGGUUAGAAAACAAGGAAGCUGUGGAUGCAGCUCUGGAUAUCCUUAAGAGUAUCUCAGCUAGUGUGAUGCAUGCUUUGGAUAAUCGUCCUGUCUUCAUACGACUUAAAGGAUUGAAUUCUAUGAAUGGAUCUCUAGACAAAACCCGCGUCCUCUAUGCACCUGUUGAAGAAGUUGGGGAUGAAGGCCGGCUGCUAACGGCUUGUCAUAUUAUCAUCGAUGCAUUUGCGUAUGCUGGAUUUGCUUUGAGAGAUGCAAAGCUAUACUUGAAGCUACAUGUCACGCUGAUGAAUACAACCUACAGAAGGGAUGAAACGAAAUCGAAUACAUUUGAUGCACGAGAGAUACACAAAGAGUUUGGGGAAAAAGAUUGGGGUGAAUACCUAAUCAGAGAAGCUCAGAUCUCAAAACGGUUUUGGUAUGACGCGGACGGCUACUUCCAUUGCUGUGGUUCACUACCUUUUCCACAUUAAGUGAUACUUGAAAAGGAUCAAUAUCCACUCCAGAGAUUCUUGGUCAGGACUCUGAUGAGUGGUAAUGUCAAAUAUGUAAUACAUGUGUGUGUAUGAAACCAACCAAUCAUAGCAAUUGGUAACUGUGGCUCGUGACAUUAUGUUGUGAUUUACACAUCAUAUAUAAUAUGGUUUGCUAUACUUGAAUAAAAU